AUGGCUCCUCCCCAAGCUGCCCUCGACUUUGUCGACUUUGUCAACGCCUCUCCCACUCCCUACCACGCCUGCGCGACCGCUUCGAAACUCCUCGAGAAGGCCGGCUUCACAAAGAUCAAGGAGCGCGAUUCCUGGAACUCGACCCUCCGUCCCGGCGGCAAAUACUACCUCACCCGCAAUGGCUCCUCCAUCGUCGCCUUCGCCAUCGGCAAGAAGUGGAAGCCCGGCAACCCCGUCGCCAUGAUUGGCGCCCACACCGACUCGCCCUGCCUGCGCAUCAAGCCCGUCUCCAAGAAGAACAACGUCGGUUUCCUGCAGGUCGGCGUCGAGACCUACGGAGGCGGCAUCUGGCACAGCUGGUUCGACCGCGACCUCUCCAUCGCCGGCCGCGUGCUUGUCAAGGACGGCGAGGGCAACUUCGUCCAGAAGCUGAUCAAGGUCGACAAGCCCCUGCUGCGCAUCCCCACGCUGGCCAUCCACCUCGAUCGCAGCUCCAACUUCGACCCCAACAAGGAGAGCGAGCUGUUCCCCAUCGCCGGCUUGGCGACCGCGGAGCUGAACAAGGGCGCCGCCAAGCCCGAGGACACGGACGACUCCCAGGAGGACUUCAAGCCCCUCAAGGCCAUGACGGAACGCCACCACCCGCACAUCCUGGACGUCAUCGCCGCCCACGCCGAGGUCGAGCCCGAGGCCGUCGUCGACUUUGAGCUCGUCCUCUACGACAUCCAAAAGUCCUGCCUGGGCGGCCUGAACGACGAGUUCAUCUUCUCCGCCCGCCUGGACAACCUCAACAUGACGUACUGCUCCGUCGAGGGGCUCAUCGCCUCCGUCAAGGACGCAAACGUCCUCGACAACGACACCACCAUCCGCCUGGUGACGUGCUUCGACCACGAGGAGAUCGGCUCCACCUCCGCCCACGGCGCCAACUCGAACCUCCUGCCCGCCGUCCUGCGCCGCCUCGCCUCCCUGCCCGGCAGCCGCGACACCGCCUCGGACGGCUCGUACGUCGCCGUCUCCUCCCACGACGGCGGCGACUACGAGUCCACCGCCUACGAGCAGACCCUCUCCCGCUCCUUCCUCGUCUCCGCCGACAUGGCCCACUCCGUCCACCCCAACUACGCCGGCAAGUACGAGUCCUCCCACCAGCCCGCCAUGAACGGCGGCACCGUCAUCAAGGUCAACGCCAACCAGCGCUACGCGACAAACUCCCCGGGCAUCGUCCUGCUGCAGGAGUGCGCGCGCCUCGCCGGCGUCCCGCUGCAGCUCUUCGUCGUCCGCAACGACUCGCCCUGCGGCAGCACCAUCGGCCCCAUGCUGAGCGCCAAGCUCGGCGUCCGCACGCUCGACCUGGGCAACCCGCAGCUCAGCAUGCACUCCAUCCGCGAGACGGGCGGCAGCGCCGACGUCGAGCACGCUAUUAAGCUGUUUGAGAGCUUUUACGAGCGGUUCGGAGAGCUGGAGGAGAAGAUUCUCGUGGAUUAG